CGAAUAUGCUUCGGAUAUAAAAAGGCAGGGCGAGAGUCAGGAAAGUGCUGUGAGCGCCACACACAUAUCCCAAGUCUUCCAAGAUGAGCUAUACUCUGGAAACGAUAGGUAACCCCUCUUAUAGAAGGGUGAUGGAUACCAGGACCACAUACAGCCGGACCAGCGCAUCCCCGUCCAGCGGGUUCCGCUCCCAGUCCUGGUCCCGGUCGAACCUGGGCAGUUCCCACUCAUCCUCCUACAAGAGGACCAACGUAGCCGUUCCCAGAGCUUACAGCUCCGCCGUCCUCAGCUCUGCCGACAGCCUUGAUUUCAGCCAGUCCUCCGUGCUUAAUGGGGACUACAAGCGUUCUAACGAGAAAGAGCAGCUCCAAGGGCUUAACGACCGUUUUGCCGGCUAUAUCGAUAAAGUGCACUACCUGGAGCAGCAGAACAAGGAGCUCGAGGCUGAGAUCCAGGCUCUGCGGCAAAAGCAAGUCACCCAUUCCCAGCUUGGAGAUGCAUACGACCAAGAGCUGCAGGAGCUUAGGUCAAUCCUGGAACAGGUGAACCACGAGAAAGCGCAGAUCCAGCUAGAUACCGAUCACAUCGAGGAGGACCUCCAGCGCCUUAAAGAUCGCUAUGAGGACGAGGCUCGGAUUAGGGACGAAACGGAAGCUACUAUUCGGUCAAUGAAGAAAGACAUUGAAGAUUCGUCACUGAUUAAAGUUGAGCUGGACAAGAAGGUCCAAUCUUUGCAGGACGAAGUUGCUUUCUUGAAAAAUAAUCACGAGGAGGAAGUCGGGGACCUGCUCGCCCAGGUGCAAGCCUCACAGAUCACAGUGGAAAGAAAAGACUACCUCAAGACAGACAUAACGUCCGCCUUGAAGGAGAUCCGCUCGCAGCUGGAGGGCCACUCUUCCAAGAACCUACAGCAAGCUGAAGACUGGUUCAAAUGCCGCUACGCCAAGCUGACCGAGGCUGCCGAGCAGAACAAGGAGGCCAUCAAAUCCGCCCGGGAUGAGAUUGCCGAAUACAGGAGACAGCUUCAGUCCAAAAGCAUCGAGCUGGAGUCUGUGAGAGGCACCAAAGAAUCCUUAGAGAGACAGCUGAACGAUAUCGAGGAGCGUCACAACAACGACCUGGCGAGCUAUCAGGAGACAAUUCAGCAGCUUGACAACGAGCUCAAAGGUACAAAAUGGGAAAUGGCACGUCAUUUGAGGGAAUACCAAGAUCUCCUCAAUGUCAAAAUGGCCCUGGACAUAGAAAUUGCAGCCUACAGGAAGCUUCUGGAAGGUGAAGAGACCAGAUUCAGUACAUUUUCAGGUAGCAUUACUGGUCCAUCAUUCCCAUACAGACAACCAUCUGCACCCAUUACCCCAGCCAAAAUUCAAAAGUCAAAAACUGAGCCCCCUAAAUUGAAAGUUCAACACAAAUUUGUUGAAGAGAUCAUUGAAGAAACAAAGGUAGAAGAUGAGAAAUCUGAAAUGGAUGAGGCUCUAGCGGCUGUAGCUGAAGAAUUGGCCGGAACAGAAGAAGCAGGUGAAGAGGCAGAUGCAGAACAAGAUGAACAGGAGGAAGAAGGUAAAGAAGAAGAGGAAGCUGUUGAAGAAGAAGUGAUCGCAGUUUCUAAAGCCAAGGUAAGCGCAAGUGCACCUCAGGGUGAAGAUGAGGAAGAAGAAGACAAAGGUGAUCAGGAAGAGGAAGCAGCUGAGGAGGAAGAAGGGGAGAAAGAAGAAGAAGAAAAGGAGGAGGAAAAGGAAGGAGAAGAAACUGAGGAAGCUGAAGAAGAAGCUGAAUCAAAGGAUGCUGGAGAAGAGGAAGAAGCUGAAGAAGCAGAAACUGAAGCUGCUGCUGAAAAGGGAGAAGGAGAAGAUGAAGAAGAAGGAGAAGAAACAAAGGAGGAAGGAGAAGGAGAAGAAGAAGCAGAGGCAAGUGAAGGUGAUAAAGAAAAGAGUGAGGGAGAAGGAGAAGGUGAAACUGAGGCUGUGGAAGAAGCUGAGGUGGAGGAAAAGAUUGAGAGCACCAAGGCCACAAAGCAGGAAGCUGAACCAGCAGAGGAAGAGGAAGAAGCAAAAGGUGCAAGUGAAGGAGAAGAUACAGAGGAAAAGGAGGCUGAUAAAAAAGAAGAGGGAGAUGACAAAGGUGAGAAGGAAGAACAGGAGGAAUCUGAGUCUAAGCCAGAAGAAGAAGAAGAAGAAACAAAAGAGGAUUCUGAGGAUAAGAAGGAAAAGGGAGCUGCAGAGGAUGCAGGAGAAAAGGACUCUCAGGAAGAAGCAGCCACUGAAGAAAUUGUUUCCAAGAGUGAAGCCGGAAAAGUAGGUGCAGAAAAGGAAAAGUCUGAUACAGCAGAGGAGGCAGAUAAGGAAGAUGUAGCUGUCAAUGGAGAUGUGGCUAAUAAAGAAGAGGAGGGCUCUGCUGGAGAGGAAACAGAGGAACAAGAGGAUGAAAAGGCAGUAGUGACCAAUGGAGUAGAGGAAAGCCCUACCAAGGAAGAAGCUGGAGAAAAAGUAAUAAUCACCAAGACAGUGGAGACAGUGACCACUGGGGAAGAUGGCACCACAAAACACAUCACUAAAUCAGUAACAGUCACAGAAACAGUGAAGGAUUUUGAAGAAGAGAUUAAGCAAGAAAAAGUAGUAUUAACCAAAAAAACAGAGAAAGUCACCUCACAGUCUGUAAAGAAAGUGACAGAAGAGGAGUAAAGAUGCUGGUAAACUCACAGGAAGGGGAAAGUAGAGAAAGGUACAGGAUGAGACUGCUAUAAAAUGCAUGUGAGUGACAGCUUUAAUGGGCUUUAAUCAGAAGUGGUUCUCUCAUGGGGGUUCAAGAACUCUGUUAUUUACUUUGUGCAAUAUUGGGGGGGGGAAUGCAUGCAAGCAGAAGUGUGCCCUCCACCAGACUGGGAAGUUACGUGCAAAAAUAAAAUAAAAUAAAAUAACAAGAGAGACAAAAGGAACAAAGAAUAAAAUUAAAUCAAAUGCAUGAAUGAAAUGAUUAUUUCCCAGGAGGAUGGAGGGUCACUUCUCAGGAACGUCUAAAGAUGUAUUAUGCAAAGAACCAACUGAGCCAAAAAAAGAAAGAAUAGAUAAGUAAAUUAAAAAAAAAAGAUAUAAAUAUAACAAACAAAACUCUUAGCCUUAACAUGCUGUUUAUUGCUAUAUUUUGUGUUUACCUCAACUGUGCAAUUAAAAAUGGAACUUUUGUUCAUGGGGGAACCUAACUUACAAGCACCCAUAAGCAACCUGUCAUUGACUCAUACAAAUCUCACAGCAGUAUUUGCCCAAAUAAAGGACAUAUUGAAAAUGUA